AUGUCAUCGGGACAAUUAUUACAUGACCGUGCUCGUUCAUUAUUAACUCUCAUUGAUGGUCUUCAAAUUGAAAGUGAUUUAGUCAGUUCUCGACGUACAAUCGAUGAUUGGCGUACAGAAAUGUUUUCAUUAAUAAAUAAUAUUCAUUUAACUACAAUAAACAGACUUGAUUUAUUAACAAGUCGUUUAAAUCAAUUAAAACAACGCCGUUCAGCAAUGUUAAGACAAGAUAUAUUACCAAAUUUAGGUAAAAUGGUUAUCGAACGACGAAAAACGUUAUCUGAACAAGAGUUAAAUGAUGUCAAAAAGAAAAUAAAUAAAAUUGAUUGUGAUUUACAAGGAUUUGGAAGAAUUUUAGCAAAAGUUAGUAGUGAUGAAAAAAAAUUAAUUGAACAAGUUGAAAUAUUGAAAAGUAUUCAAUGUAAAAAUUCUCAAUUACGUAUUCUCGAUAAUAUUUCAAUACCAAAACGUCGUUUUACACUUGAUUCAUGUCAUUCGCCAUUUCUAGCUGUAGCCGAAGAUAACUCUAUGGUUAUUGAAGAUGAUAAUCAUCUAGUUUUAUUUGAUGAUCAGCGUCGUAUUAAUGAAAUUCCAUGGCAAGGACAUAAAGAGGAUUCAUUUAGUGGUUCAAUCAAAGAUAUCAUCUAUUCAGAUUAUCUUGAACAGUUUUGUAUUUUAUCAGCAUUAAAUUUUUUUACACUUGAUCCACACAUGUCAACAUUAGAAAAAAGUGAACAAUUAAAACCUACUACAGGUAGUCAUUUUCAAUCAGUUGCUUGUCUUCCAAAUUUAUCUGAUGUAUUUUUUGCACUUACAACAUCUGGUGCACGCACCAAUAUUGAACGUUGGUCACUUGUUUCUGGUUCGCUUAUUAGACGAUGGUAUCAUGAUAUAUUUGAAUCUGAUGAUCGGUUUAUAUCAUGUGUACGUGCCAAUGAAACAUGCUUAGCUAUAUGUAUAAAACAAACGAAAACUGAAAAAGAUCGUCCUCAUGAUAAUUAUCAAUGGCGUGUUGAUUUAUUUGAUUUUUCACUUGUUCGAAUGUAUCGUGGUGUUAAUUUGAAAUCUGGCGGUUUAGGAACUUAUAUAACUCCAUAUGAUGAUCGAUCGUGGUUAGCCGUGAAUGGCAAUGAUAUAUGGCUAUUAGAUGAACAAGCUGGAAUUAUUGAAGAAAAAACACUUGAUGACCGUGAACAGUUACAUAAUAUAAUCGUGAAAGAUGAGGAUAUAAAUGGGCAAAGACAACUUAUUGUUAAAAUGGGUAAACCAGCUGAAUUACGUUUUGUUUAG